AUGGCCUUGAGUUCGCGGAAUUCCAUUCCUGAAGAGCUUUAUAGUUUGGUGCAUGACUUUCUAGCUGACGCUGGACUAAAAAAUACUUUAAAAACUUUUGAAGAGGAGUCACCCGCAAAUGUUCGAGUUAAAACAACAAAAGAUAAACUAUUUGAUAUUUAUAAAUCCUACGAGUCUCAAAAAAAAAUCACUACGUCUGAAAAAUCAUCUGAUUCAAAAGCAGAGCCAGAGAGCAGUAGUAAUAAGGACAGCUCUUCUGAUAGUGAAUCUUCUAGCGAGGAAGAAUUUAUUACAAAUAGCGAUGUUGUUAAUGUAAAAAAGUCGAAUGAGGAAGAAGAAAAAGAUGAUGACGAUGACAAUUCAGACGAUGACAAUUCAGACGAUGACAAUUCAGACGAUGACAAUUCAAGCGAUGAAGAUAAGAUGAACAUGAAAUCUGCGAAUGAUGAGGUUGUUAUUAAGAAUGUUAGUGAUGAAGAAAGUGAUUCUGAUAGUUCUAGUGAAGAAGACGAAGACGCGAUGAAAAUCGAUCAACCGUCAGUUCCUAAAGAUAAACGAAAAAGCAAAAAAGAUUCUGAUGAGAAUUCUGAUUCUGAAGAAGAGGAAUUCGAUGAUGACAAUAAUAUCAUUGAUAAAGAAGAGGAGGCAUUUCCCAAAAAUAUAAAGAAAGAGCAAACAUCCUCGACGAAUAAAACAACGAGUGAACCAAUGGAUUCUGGAUCGUCAUCUGAUGAAGAGGAAGAUGAUGAAUCUCUAGCCAAUAAAAAGACAGAAUCUAAGAUAGAACAAAAAAACAAUGCUAAAAGCUCCUCGAGUGAUUCGAGUGAUGAAGAUUCUAGCGAAGAAAGACGUGUGUUUAAUAUGUUAUGCCUGUUGAAUAAUAGUACUGCUAUAAGGACUACUUCGUACCCUAUUAAUCACAAGAAUGGCUUUAUAACAUCGAAACCAUCAUCAUCGCCAAAUUCUAAUGAACACAACGGUAUUAACAAGAAUAAACAGCAAAUUGUCAAUGGUAAUGCAGAAGAUACUCACAAUCCCCAGAAUAAUAAGCAAAACAAUAACAACAAAUAUCAUCGAAAAAUUGAUCCAGAAAAAAUAGAAUUUCUCGAUGAGCGAUUAAAGGACAAUAGUUUUUUGGCAAAAAGCGGUGCAAUCGGUUCGUAUGGACACAAAGCACACCUUGAUUUCAGCGUAAAGCGUGGAAAAGACUUUCGCGCGCAAAAGACAAAGAAAAAACGAGGUUCUUAUCGCGGCGGGAAAAUAGACAUGACAUCACAUUCGAUAAAGUUUAAUUUCGAUUAA